AUGACGCCCCCUUCUCCAACAAAGCAUCCUCGCAAGGGCUUGUCUGAGAGCUCAUUCGCUAAAAUCAGUGAACAGUUCGCAAAGGUGCGCUUCGCGACCGUCAAGUCCAUCAAGGAAGGCAAAACUCCGAUGAACAUUGUUGCCUUGGUCCGCAACAAGUGGCACAAGAACACGGCCUCGUUCACGAUCCGCAUGGAGGAUGGACGCUACGACUACAUUCACUAUGAUGACGACCCGGAUGAACUCCUCAUGUCCGGCAAGUCUUUUCGAGGAACUUCGCCUUGGGAAUCCUCAAAGAUCUUCAAUUCGUGCCACUCGCUGCGACCGAUGUCAUCGGCCGUGGGAGGCCUGCGGUGCAUGAGGAGCGCCGUUGACUGGAAGUGGCUCUUGGGAGCAUAG